AUGCUGCUGGAACGAAUGAAAACAAGACACGUGUUUAAUCCGAGAGAAAUUGUUAGACGGACCGUGUCUCACAUUGCUUUGGGGGGUCAAAUGUUUUGAGGAUAUUGGUGUAGCAUCGAAUCGAAUAAGAUGUCAAGUUUCUCCAGAUCUGCUCAGCAAUGGGCCACCUUUGCCCGAUCCUGGUUCCUCAUUGAUGCCAGGAUGCAGCCGCCUGGCAAGAUCGCAACCAUGUGUUCUGUCAGAUUACAGGGGAAGCACAAGCCUAUCUACCAUGCUCUCAGUGACUGCGGUGAUCACGUCGUGGUGAUAAACAGCAAACAUGUAGCUUUCUCGGGGAACAAAUGGGAGCAGAAAGUCUACUCAUCACAUACAGGGUUUCCUGGUGGAUUUAAACAAGUCACAGCUGCUCAGCUUCACCAUAAGGACCCAAAAGCGGUUGUGAGGCUGGCGGUGUAUGGGAUGCUGCCUCGAAAUUUGCACCGGCGCACAAUGAUGCAACGAUUGCACAUCUUUCCUGAGGAUGACUUGCCAGAUGACAUUCGAGCCAAUCUGACAGAGGAGCUUCCUCAGCCCAGAGAAAUCCCCAGGAAGCUCAGCGAGUACACUCAGGAGGAGAUCGACGCCUUCCCCAGGCUGUGGAUCCCACCUGAAGACUACAAGAUGAAAUAAAAUCAAAGUUCCUCAGAGCAACUGAAGCUGGAUUUUACUAUUAAACACAGAAAGCAGCAGGCUUCAAACAUUUGUUUGUUUUCAUAAAAUCCGACUUGUAAAUUUACAGUAGAGGUUUCUUUGUUUUCCAAAAACUGCCAUCGAAUUUUGCCUGGAUUCAAAGCACUAAGCCACAACUUCCAUGCCAGCAGCAACCACCCGGUCCCCAUCACUCUGUUUGUGUAGGGCUGCACACAAAAGCUGUCCAUGAGCGGUAUUAACCAUGACGGAACCACAGCAGAGCUGAAUUAUCCAGGAACAGCUUGAGAUUUCACCACGCGGCACAGCUCCGAUCAGAGAAAAUCCCAUUCUGUGGGUUCUCCUCCAGAUUAUGCCACCAUGAAGCAAUCGGACUUGGCCCAGAAACGUGACAUCUGUUAGAGCUAGGUUUUUGCCUUUUGGAGGUCUCACACUGAAAGCAAUUAUUGUGUUCAAGUAAUGAGAUCAGCAUGCUGCGAAUGGUGACUGUGGUCGAGACUUGUGUUCUUCUUGUGUUUCAGUCUUGUUUAAUUGAACUGUAAAACAGGCUAAUGGACCAUCUCUUCUAAGCAAAACUGCUUUACAUAAAUGCUGUAAAAUGUUUUUAUUGAACCUGUCUUAGACUUAUUGUAUUUUUGUGGUUUUAAAUUCAGAAAAAUAAACACAUUAAUUUGUACCGAAGGGUGCAGUAGUCAAA